UUCUUUUUUCAAUCAUAUAUAUAAGGGCUUUCUGCCCCACUUUCUUUCUUUGAAAUAAUGUCGGCUGAAUAUGAUAACAGAGACAAUGGCGGCCCAGAGGGCAUGGAGCCAGACGGUAUCAUCGAGAGCAACUGGAACCAGAUUGUGGACAGCUUUGAUGAGAUGAACCUGCGUGAACAUCUCCUCAGGGGAAUCUAUGCCUAUGGUUUUGAGAAGCCAUCUGCUAUCCAGCAAAGGGCUAUUAUCCCUUGUAUCAAGGGUUAUGAUGUAAUAGCUCAGGCCCAGUCUGGCACUGGGAAAACGGCCACUUUUGCCAUUUCCAUUCUCCAGCAGAUUGAUAUUGAGCUGAAAGCCACUCAGGCUCUGGUUCUGGCUCCCACCAGGGAGCUGGCUCAGCAGAUCCAGAAGGUGGUGCUGGCUCUGGGUGAUUACAUGGGGGCCAGUUGUUAUGCUUGUAUUGGGGGAACCAGCAUCCGCAGCGAGGUCCAGAAGCUUCAGGCAGAAGCCCCUCACAUUGUGGUUGGAACCCCCGGUCGGGUCUUUGACAUGUUGACCCGCAAAAACAUCUCUCCCAAGUACAUCAAAAUGUUUGUGUUGGAUGAGGCUGAUGAAAUGUUGAGUCGAGGAUUCAAGGACCAGAUCUAUGAGAUCUUCCAGAAACUAUCGACCAGCAUACAGGUUGUCCUGCUGUCGGCCACGAUGCCAGCUGACGUGUUGGAGGUCACCAAGAAAUUCAUGCGAGACCCGAUUCGCAUCCUCGUCAAGAAGGAGGAGCUGACGCUUGAGGGCAUCCGUCAGUUUUACAUUAAUGUGGAGAAAGAGGAGUGGAAACUGGACACGUUAUGUGAUCUGUACGAAACCCUGACGAUCACACAAGCCGUCAUCUUCAUCAACACGAGAAGGAAAGUGGACUGGCUCACUGAGAAGAUGCACGCUAGAGACUUCACCGUUUCUGCUCUGCACGGUGACAUGGACCAGAAAGAGCGGGAUUUGAUCAUGAGGGAGUUCCGUUCCGGCUCCAGUCGAGUCCUGAUCACCACUGAUCUGCUGGCCAGAGGUAUUGAUGUUCAGCAGGUCUCCCUUGUCAUCAACUACGACCUGCCGACUAACAGAGAAAACUACAUCCACAGAAUUGGACGAGGUGGUCGUUUCGGCAGGAAGGGGGUGGCCAUCAACAUGGUGACUGAAGACGACAAACGGACCCUCAGAGACAUUGAGACUUUCUACAACACCACCGUGGAAGAGAUGCCCAUGAACGUGGCAGACCUCAUAUAGAUCCUACAUGCUCUGUCCUCAUUUUGCUUAUUUUAGAAGUAAAAUCUUUUUAACUUCAUGUUCUGAUCUUAUGUUUAAUCUCUAUCUUACGCACACACAAAUACACACAUGAAAUUGUUGCUUCUCUUGGAAGGAGGGCUUACUGAGCUGCUUCCUGUCAACCAGAACGGCCUUUGACCCCCUCUAUGAAAGGCUCUUCUCUGAUUGAUGGAAUCAGUAUCUUACUGGGCUGUGGAUAUCGGCGAGCGUUCCCAAGGGUGCUUCCAAAAUGUCUGGACGUUCAGAGGUUCUCGUGUUCCCAGUGCGAGUCACAAAGACUUGCAGUCUUUAUAUUUUGAGCAUUUAGUUGCUGCCGUCUCUAAUCUGACUCUUCUCAGCUCGACUGUCCAGGUCUUUAAAAAAAAAAAAAAAGUGAUUACUAAACUUGUUCAGAAGUAAUCCAGUAGAUUCACUUGUAAAAGUCCAUGUAGGCACUGGAGUGUCUGUUGAGCUGUGCACCUGCCGUGGUCCUUGGCUCCGCGUGGCGCUCUGAUCCAGGUGUAGCUGCAGCCCGGUGAGAUACUGGCAGCAGCACACGGUGAUGGACGGACUGGUUAGUUGUAGUGGAACUGUUCUGCAGGUGGGAAGUGUUGGCCUGACGAGUAUUCACACACUUCAGUAAAGUUUUCCCACUCAUGAUCAUGGAACAAAGUUCUGAGCGCAUGAUUGACCCAGGAGCUGAGGUUUCCCGUCGUAAGGCCUAAAACGCUUCAGCUCCACUCUGAAGGGAUUUUCAGCCUCAUGCCUUUUUGUUUUUCCUUUUAUUUUAUAAAGGUGGUGGCAAGUGACUAAAAAAGACCAAACAAAAUGAAAAUGUCAUUAUUAGCGUAUCGAUGUGAAAAAGCCUGAACUGAAGGCUGUGAACCCUUCUGCGCUCUCGAAGCCUCUAACCAGAUGUUGACCUCUGAGACAGUUCAUCAAGUUUUCUACAUUGGUUUCUGUAAAGUAUUUAUUUCAAUGCUCUUUAAAAACAAAUAAAGGUUUUUCAUUUUUAA